GUCACGGACGGGAGGACCAAUGACUUAUAAGCAGCAGCUUCGGGAACCCCCGAGGCGGAAGUGUAAUUUAAAGAGCCGCUCAGUGCCGAGGCCGCUCAGUGAUCGCUGCGGACAUGAAGGUGACCUCCAUAGAAAGCCGGCGGCUGCACCGGCUCCUCAGGAAGGAGUUCUCCCGCGUCCUGGUGCUGGACUGCCGCCCCUACCUGCCCUUCAGCGCCUCCAGCGUGCGCGGCUCCAUGAAUGUCAACCUCAACUCCGUGCUGCUGCGCCGGGCGCGGGGGGGAGCGGCGCCCCUGCACUUUGUGGUGCCUGAAGAGGCGGCUCGGUGCCGGCUGAAGGAAGGACAAGUGUCGGUGGUGGUGGUGCUGGACGAGCGGAGCCAGAGAUGGCAGAAGCUGAAGAAAGACAGUGCCGCCCAUAUAGUGCUCAACACCCUGAUCAGCCUGCCCGCCGGACCCCGGGUGUGCUUCCUGAAGGGAGGGUACGAGUCGUUUCACACGGAAUAUCCGGAAUGCUGCGUCGACCAGAAAAGUUUAUCUCAAGAGGAUAAUGAGAGCGACAGAAAUAUCCGGUGUGAGAAGCUUUCGUCCUUCCAGAAGCCGUCCUAUGAUGAGGGCAGCCCUGUUGAGAUCCUUCCAUUCCUGUAUCUCGGCAGCGCUUACCAUGCUUCCAAAUGCGAAUUCCUGGCGAACCUCCGUAUCACCGCCUUACUCAACGUCUCCAGAAAGUGUCCGGACUGCAUCAAAGACAAGUACGAUUACAAGUGGAUUCCGGUGGAGGACAACCACAACACGGACAUCAGCAGCCACUUCCAGGAGGCUAUAGACUUUAUAGAUACGGUCAGACUCGCAGGAGGGAAGGUUCUGGUCCACUGUGAGGCUGGCAUCUCCAGGUCUCCCACCAUAUGCAUGGCCUACCUCAUGAAGACCAAGAGAUUCCGCCUGGAGGAGGCCUUCGAGUACAUCAAGCAACGCCGCAGCCUUAUCUCCCCCAACUUCAGCUUCAUGGGUCAGCUCCUUCACUACGAGACCGAGAUCUUCCCUUCCAAACCCAGCGUCCCCUCGGUCUCCAUCUCUUGCAAACGGGACACAGUGUCGUUCUUCGCCGAGGAGAUGGACCUCGGGCAGCACUUCGAGGGGUCUUGUUUUUCCUUCCCAACUUCGGUCUUGACUCCUGUCCCACUCCGGUCUCCGGUGCACCAGUUAAAACUCAGUCCGAUCACUGCUACGUCAUCAUGCUGAUACGGGGGGGUUUCUGCUUCAAUACGGACAAUCGAUGAACUCAAUGUGCAAUAUAUGACUGGUAUCGCACCGUCCUGUGCGUCCGUACAGCUUGUGUCCAAUGCUUUAAUGACAUUCACAUUCCGACUACUCGGAUUCAGCUGUUUACAAGUAUCCCAUCCUGAUACGUGAUAUCCCUCCCCAAUGUGCUUAGGUAGAGGUUACAUGUUACCCCCAUCACUAGAGCCAAGGUACAGAGUACCUUCCCUUCUAUAACUAUAUAUAAUGUAACUUUACUUGAAUGACCAACCCUUCCAAAGGUCUAACUAGUGACAUGCUACUGUAGUGAAUGGUAUUGCUGCAUGGGCAAGAGGUUUGUAGGCAGUUGCGAGCCGCCUGGCACGCUGUAGCCGGCCUGUGAAGACGUGGCAGGGUUGACACAUAGGCGUUGCUAUGUGUUGGUGUUUCUCACCAUGGAAAGUAGGUGGAAGCCUGAGCUCCUCCCGGCCCUGCCUUCUCCUCUGGCAAUUUCUCAGGCCAUUGGGGGUGGUGGUGGUACUAGUAGUAGUUCAGACGUCUGCAGGGCUUCAUUGCAACAAAUUAAAAAAUUUCACAAGGCAAGAGAAUAAGCAAAUUGCACGUACUAAAUUCACACGAGGGUGUGGAGGAUUAUAAUAUAUGGAACUGGAGAAAUUAUACAUAAUUCAUGUAUACAAUUCACACCCUGGGGGUUAUAAUGGCUGGAAGAGCAGUGAUUUGCAACCUGUGACUCCCUGGCUAUGGCAAAACUACAACUCCCAGCAUGGCUGGACAGUCACAGGCUGUCUGGGCAUGCUGGAAGUUGUAGUUCUCCAGUACCCUGUUUGGGGGGAACCCUGUGCUACAUCACUGAUUUGCAACCUAUGGCUCUCUGGCUGUUGCAAAACUACAACUUCCAGCAUGCCCAGACAGCCUUCGGCUGUCUGGGCAUGCUGGAAGUUGUAGUUUUGCAACAGCUGGAGGUAUAUUGGUUGGAAAACACUGCUACAUCACUGAUUUGUGACCCGUACGUAGCUCUAUAGCUGUUGGUAAACUACAACUCCCGGCACGCCCGGACAGCCUUUUGGCUUUCCGGGUAUGCCGGGAGUUGUAGUUUUGCAACAGCUGGAGGCACACUGGUUGGGGAACACUGCAGAGCAUGCUAUUUUCUGAUCACUUUUAUUGGUCAGGCUUCCCAUACAUGUAACCUAUAGUGAUGAGCAGCAGGGGCCAUAUUUGAAUUCGAAUAUAUUGACAAUUAUUCGUCCUAUGGUCGCAAAAUUUGCGAUCUUUCCCUUUUUUUUUCCAUAUGAAAAUUCGCAUGAGAAAAAAAAACAAAAAAGUAAUUACGAAUAUAUAGCACUGUAUUCUAAAUAUUUGCAAAAUGCCGAUAUUCGCGAUAAAAAUUUGCAUUACGAAUAUUCGUGUUCAUCACUAGUAACUAGAGUUGUGCGUACAGUAAACUGGCUCGCGGCGAACCUCGCAGUUCGGCUGUUUAUUACUUUAGUCUGCAUAAAUUAGUUCAGCUUUCCAAGGGCUCUGGCUGCCUGGGAAAGUCCGGGAUGACAGUCUUAGGUCUCCCUAGGUCUGUAUCCACCUUUUCCUGGCAACUGGAGCCCCUUUGGAAAGCUGAACUAAUUCAUGCAGACUAAAGUGAACAACAGCCGAGCUGCGAGGUUCGCUACGAGCCAAUUUACUGUAAGUUCGCUCAACUCUACUAGUAACUAGAGAUGAGCGAACUUACAGUAAAUUCCAUUUGUCACGAACUUCUCAGCUCGGCGGUUGCUGACUUUUCCUGCAU